GAAGGAUGCGGACAAAGGUGCAACGAGGAGGUUGCUAAAAAAAAAGAAAAGAGGAUACGAGCAGUGCGAUAAACAUCACCGAAAGAACCGUGUUGUCCGACAUCUCGACACCGAAACGGGUCUUCAGGAGUAGACCAUCAUGGAGACGGCUGUGCUGAGCCUCCAGGGCUUAUAUGAUAACCUGAGGAUGCAAGUUGACCUUCUCAAUGAGAACAUUGAACCCAACUUCAUCCAGAUGGCACAAAACUUUGAUGACUGCCGUCGCAAAUGGCUGAGGACCGAGCAAGAACUGGGUUCUUGCAAAGAGGUGCUCACCAAAACAGAGACAGAGAGGGGAGCCUUGGAGGUCAAACUGAAACAUGCCCGCAACCAAGUAGAUGUGGAGAUCCGCCGCAGACAAAAGGCUGAGGCUGAUUGUGAGAAGUUGGAUCGUCAAAUUCAGUUGAUCCGGGAUCUCCUGACCAGUGAGGGAUCCUCCAACAGCAUCCAGCUGAGUGCAGAGCAGCGUUCAGCUCUGGCCUUCCUGAACACAAACUGCCAGGCAGCAGUCAGCAUGAAUACUAGCCGAAGAGAGAGACUGACGACGAUUGAUGAGUCCGCCUCCAUCUUGUCAGAUAUCAGCUACGACAAAACUGAUGACUCUCUUGACUGGGACUCCUCCACUGUGAGGACAGUGCGACUGAAGAAACGAGAGAAGAGGCGCUCCUCGAGAAAUCACGUCGAUGGCCCUCCACUUGCCUCCAAACGGUCCCGAUCAACGGGUAGAACUUCAGAGAGGGGAAAUGAGACCCUUGUGACAAAAACCACAGUGACUGUCCCUGUGAAUGGAGGACCUGUUGAGGCAGUUUCUACCAUUGAGACUGUUCCUUACUGGACUCGCAGCAGGAGAAACACUGCCGCCAUGGACUGGGAAUCUGAAUCCGUCAAGUCUGAGGACGUCUUCAAGCAGCCUGGCAUCCCUGAGGAGCAGAUGAAAGUGCAGCCCAGCACACCACAGAGCCACGGGGGUGUCCGUCUUCAUGAGUUUGUCUCCAAAACUGUUAUUAAGCCUGAAUCAUGUGUACCCUGUGGAAAGAGGAUCAAGUUUGGCAAGAUUUCACUGAAGUGCCGUGACUGCAGGGUCGUCUCGCACCCUGAGUGUCGUGAGCGUUGCCCUCUGCCGUGCAUCCCCAACCUAGGUGGCACACCGGUCAAAAUCGGGGAGGGUGUGCUGGCACACUACGUCCCGGACACAUCUCCCAUGAUUCCUCCCCUUGUAGUCCACUGUAUCAAUGAGAUUGAGCAAAGGGGCCUGCAUGAGGCCGGACUGUACCGUCUGUCUGGUGCUGAUCGCACAGUGAAGGAGCUGAAGGAGAAGUUCCUCCGCAGCAAAACUGUUCCCGUGCUCAGCAAGGUGGACGAUAUCCACGCCAUCACUGGCCUCCUCAAGGACUUCCUGAGAAACCUCAAGGAGCCUCUUCUCACCUUCCGCCUCAACCGCCCUUUCAUGGAGUCAGCCGAGGUCUCAGACGACGACAACAGCAUCGCUUUGAUGUACCAAACCAUCAGCGACCUGCCACAGGCCAACAGAGACACUCUGGCUUUCGUAGUCCUUCACCUUCAGAGAGUUGCUGACAGCUCGGAUACGCGGAUGGACAUCAGUAACUUGGCUCGAGUGUUUGGUCCAACUAUUGUGGGUCAUGCAGUUCCCAACCCUGACCCGAUGACAAUCCUACAGGACACCAAACGACAGCCCAAGGUCGUGGAGCGUCUGUUGGCUCUGCCGGUGGAUUACUGGAGCCAGUAUGUGAAGGCAGAGCACGAGCAGCCGAACUUGGAUCACCUGAUCAUCGAGAACGCAAACUGCUACGCCACCCCCGAGAGAAUGAGCAUGCUGGGACCUCUGACCACUCCAGAGCACCAGCUCAAUAAAACCCCCUCCUCCAGCUCCUUGUCUCAGCGCAUGAAGUCCACUCUGACCCCCAGAUUUGGGAGCAAGAGCAAAUCGGCCGUCGGAUUUUCUCGCCAAGGAAAAUUCUUUGCAUCUCCACUCCUAAAAUAAUGCAGAGCAGCUGCACCUAAACCUUUACUAACGCUGCAAUAACAGCCAAUACAUUUGUGCAUUUAUGCAAACACAUAACCUGGUACUGCUUUGAGGUUAGCUGUAAAUGCCUCCAUCUAAGUCUUCCUACUAAUAAUCGUUUUAAUAUUUCACAAUGGUAAGAGUUGUAUUUUGCUGAUUUUACGUGUUUGUAAAAGGAUUAUUUUUUUUUAACCAAAUAGGUUUUCCUGUCUAUGCACACUUGUGUGUCCACAGACUGAUGCUUUUACUAAAUGUUUGAUGAGGCUUUCUCAUUUCACCUCGUAACACAUGAGAAUGUACCGCUUAUUGCUCUUUUUGAUAGUUAAAAAUAUCUACUGUAAUGCGCAGUUUUAAUUGUGACCUGCUUCGCAGUUGAACCAUUUAUUUUGAUCGUUUUUCAGCUCAUGUGUCACUCAGAAGUUGAAGCGAUACUUAGGCAUUUCAUUUGAGGUUGUAGUUGAAUGUGUGACUGCGAGUAACCUCUUUUAGUUUUAGUGUUUGUAUAUUUAAUUUCUGUUAAGUUUUGUCUUCAUUCCCCAGUGAAUUGUGCUGUAAAUGUUUACAAUCUCACAUGUCCCGUCCUUCUCCUGCUGUAACUACAAACAGUGGUUCGAAGACCUCCAGGCAGACCUUCCUCAUCUGCUAGAUCUUCUCAGUCAUCAUCUGCAGACCUGACUGGGUGUGAUGUUUUUGGUGAUCGGCAUUAAUCUCUUGAAGGGGGACAAUUUUUUUAAAAUCUUCACUGCUGUUGUGUUUUCUAGUUUAUCCUGCACCGCCAGUGAUCAUCAGGAGCGUUGUUCACUGGUUUAUGUGAACGACGGUAAUCUUUGAUCAUUUUGCUCCAAUGUUUAUUGCUCUGUGUAAUGUUUGUACUGUGGGAGGUUACUUGUGAGCAAGCCAGUGCAAAAGGCAGUUACUUUCUAUGAUUGGCCAGUUCAGUUACUGUGGCAUUAUUGAUCAACUAUUAGCACAAAUUUUGUACACAAAUACACACUCUAAAAUUCAUAUAACUUAUAAAAUACAUUUCUA